UCUCUUUUUCCUUUCCCCCCAUGGGCACCCCUAGUGAAGCCACAACCACAGGGUGGGAACCUAACACUACCAGAUAUCCUGAAACUAGUCCAUUCAACUCCUUCCACAAAAGGAUCUCUUCUUCAGGGGAAGGCAUCAGCCCAACAUUUACUAUUUUCAUCUGACUCAGUCUCUAUCAACAAAGUUCCCAUUUCCAUGGUAACAUGGAAUCAAUAUACAGUUGAAACUGACAUCACAAUAAAGGCCCCUAUAAAAGGAAUUAACUGAGCUCAGUUGGGUUACCUUGGACUAAGGUCCCCAUCAACCCUUACCUCUAUUCAUUUUCUCCCCUGAACGAUGGGUGCAAAUUGUACGCACCAUUAUAGGAAACAGAGAAAAACAGAUUUAAACAGAAGACAGGCUUCUGGAAGAAAAAAAUUUGACACCUCUUUGCCUGAUGGUACCCUUGCCCCAUCAGAUGACUCCUCGGUGUCCACAAUAACUGCCAACAAUCCUUCAGGCUAUAAACACCAAAUGAGCUUCCCUUGCUUCAGAAACAUAUCAUGGAGCUCUUACUACAAGAACUUCACACUCAGCUUCACUAUUACCAACAUGUUUUACACAACAAAGAUGAAUCAAAAGGACUCCAGAACAUUCAAGGCUGCUGAGCAUAUCCUGCAAAUCUUGCUCAAGGUAUUGUUUGGAAGCAGCAGGAUUGGCUCUCAGUAUUCUGGAUGCAGUGACCUUUCACUGAGGUCUCUGAGGAACAGGAUAGCAACCGGAGUGGAUAUACUCUGCAGUUUCAAGAAGGACUCCUCCAACCAUGUCCUGGACAAAAAGGUGGUUUACUGGGAGCUGACUGAACAGCUCUGUACAAGAAAGCUAAAACACCUGGUUAUAGACAAUGAUAGCCUCAUUGUGAAUGGGUAUCAACAUAAGCUCCCAGGAAUCAGAUCCACAAAGAGUUCAAUUAAAUCUAAAACCCAUAAAGACAUGAAACAGGAAUUGGAGAGGGCAGGAGAAACACAUUCUCAGGUGUCAGGAAGUGAGGCUGGUGUAGGAGCUGUCACCCAUAUCCCCGACCAUGGAGAACCAGGAAAAAUCAUGACAUCACUGACUAGUGGCCUCCUGAUCCGGGAAUCCACUGUAUAUGCUAUAGCGAGUGAGAUUGGUGUAGGGCCCUUCACCCAUAUCCGAGACCACGGAUCAGCAAGAGACAUGACAUCAGUGACCAGUGAAUCUACUGCAGGUGCCAUGGGUAAGAAAAUAUUUCUUUUCUUUCUAUUAUACUGGCUCUGGGGAACUCUGUCCAAAUGGCUCCAAACUCCCCCCCCCCAUAAUGUCACCACAGGAGAUGUACCCUCCCUGGGAACAGAACCUCACACUCCUAUCCACGAAUCUCUGAGCCCAGGGCCAGGCUCCUUUCCUGCCUUAAGAGGUGAUGCUGGUGUGGUGCCAGUCACACAUGCCCAAGGCCAUGAAGGACCAGGAAGCACAGGAGCACUGAUGAGGAGCCCCCUGACCCCUGUGUCUACUGUUAUUCCCACAGGUGCUGUCCAGCAGCCCUUACAAGAAAGGAAAGAUAGAAGAUUGACCCUUGGGGGAAGGGCUGAAGCCCAGGGGAUGGAUAAGAAUGGAGGCAGACACCAAUACAAUAUUACCAAUGAGCAAGCUGCACAGAUCAAGCUCCAGCUACCUAACUUCAAAGGACAUGAGGCAGUUAGAUAA